GAGAUCUUGGGAGGGGUGAGAUCUCGCCCCUUGCCCGCGAGCCCGGGAAACCCCGCGCCUCCCCCCCCCCUCUCUCUCUCGCCUCUUGCACCGCGCGCCAUCACGAUGCCGGGCAUCACAGUGAAGGACGUGAACCAGCAGGAGUUUGUGAAGGCCCUCGCUGCCUUCCUCAAGAAGUCGGGCAAGCUGAAGAAGCCCGACUGGGUGGAUACAGUGAAGUUGGCCAAACACAAGGAGCUGGCGCCCUACGAUGGGGACUGGUACUACGUGCGCGCUGCCUCGGUGGUGAGACACUUGUACCUGCGCGGCGGCGUCGGGGUCGGCGCCAUGACCAAGAUCUACGGCGGUCGGCAGCGCAACGGCACCAAGCCGAGCCACUUCUCGCGCGGCUCCAAGAACGUCGCUCGCAAGGUCCUGCAGUCCCUCGAGAGCCUCAAGAUGGUGGAGAAGGAUCCCACCGGGGGAAGGAGGCUGACACCCACAGGGCAGAGGGACCUCGACAGAAUCGCUGGACAGGUUGCCGGAGCAACGCCAAAGAAGCACUGAGUGCGCGCACCUGUUCACUCGCAUGGAAACCAGAUAAAUAAAAUCCACAUUCUCACAA